CUGAAUGUCAACAUUAAAGAUGAAGAAGAGGAGGAGAAGAUUGGGAAAUCUGUUUCUCAUGGACGACUAGAAUUAAGUCUGAGGCCGUUAACAUCAACAGUGACGACAAACCCAGCCUGCCUCUCUCCUUCCACACUGAGUCCAAACCUACAAUCACUGGGUCCUGAUAAUGACAGUGGAGCCCAGUUUACACUGCAGGAUCCAGAGAUGGCAUCAGUGAAGCUGGAAGACUGCAGUCAAGCACUGGAGCUGAAUGUCAUCAUUAAAGAUGAAGAAGAAGAAGAGGAGGAGAAGAUUGGGACAUCUGUUUCUCAUGGAGACCAUGUUGAGACAUUCUCUACAUCCAGAGAGCAACAGCAGGAAGAUCACAGAGUGAAGAGGUCUCACCACUGCCCACAUUGUGAGAAGAUUUUCCCAUUUCUAUCAAAGCUAAAAAUACAUCUAAAAACACACACUGGAGAGAAUCGGUAUUCCUAUACUGACGGUGGGAAGAAUUUUACAACAUCCAAGGCUCUGACAGUUCAUCAAAGAGUGCACACAAGAGAGAAGACAUACUCCUGCUCUGACUGUGUAAAAUGCUUCACAACAUCAACUUGGCUAAAAGUUCAUCAGAGAACACACACAGGAGAGAAGCCCUACUCCUGCUCUGAUUGUAUAAAAUGCUUCACAACAUCAGCUAAGCUAAAAGUUCAUAAGAGAACACACACAGGAGAGAAGCCUUACUUCUGCUCUGCCUGUUCGGCGAGUUUCUCUCAUAUGUGCAACUUAAAACGACAUGAACGUAUACACAAAGAGAAGAUUUACUCCUGCUCUAACUGUGCGGCGAGUUUCUCUCUACUGUGCAAAUUAAAACGACAUGAAUGUAUACACACAGGAGAGAAGCCUUACUCCUGCUCUGACUGUGGAAAGAGUUUCUCUCGACUGGGCCACUUAAAAACACAUGAACAAAAACAUACAGGAGAGAAGCCUUACUCCUGCUCUGACUGUGGAAAGAGUUUCUCUCUACUGGCCCACUUAAAAAUUCACCAAUACAUACAUACGGGAGAGAAGCCUUACUCCUGCUCUGACUGUGGAAAGAGUUUCUCUCGACCGGGCCACUUAAAAACACACGAACAAAAACAUACAGGAGAGAAGCCUUUCUCCUGUUCUGACUGUGUAAAAUGCUUCACAACAUCAACUGAGCUAAAGGUUCAUCAAAGAACACACACAGGAGAGAAGCCGUACUCCUGCUCUGACUGUGUAAAAUGCUUCCCAACAUCAACUAGGUUAAAAUUUCAUCAGAGAACACACACAGGAGAGAAGCCUUUCAUCUGCUCUGACUGUGCAGCGAGUUUCUCUUUACUGUGCAACUUAAAGCGACAUGAAAGUAUACACACAGGGGAGAAGCCUUACUCCUGCUCUGACUGUGCAGCGAGUUUCUCUUUACUGUGCAACUUAAAGCGACAUGAACGUAUACACACAGGAGAGAAGCCUUAUCACUGCACUGACUGCGAGAAGAGAUUCUACAGAUUGGGCCAUUUAAAAAGACACCAAUGUGUACAUAAAGGAGAGAAGCCUCAUCAGUUCUCUCAAUCCAGCUGAGAUUGGACUUCAUUCUCAUGUCAUUAAAUAAUUGGCAAGGAUGAAUUGGAUCAAAUGAAAAAGCGUAGAACACUCUUUUGUAAUCCUAUAGUUUCUCACUGUGAGAGAACUGUGCAGAAGAAAGGGAGAGUAAUAUAAUUUUAGCCUCUCUUUACUUUACUGAUCAGUGUGCACCUUGUCAGUUUUGGUGAGUUUUGUUAGUUUCUACUGUAAAGAUAUUGAGAUUAAUUUACGGUUGAAUAUUUUCUGUGAGAUGUCUCACAAUGGAUUCUGAUGGUUGACUGGGUGGUACUGCUUCCCUCUGCAGUUUUCUGUGGGAAUGAGCUAGUAGACACAACAUACUCUUGAGUGUACCAAACAUUAACGACACCUGCUCUUUUCAUGACAUAAACUGACCAGGGGAAUGAUGAUCGCUAUGAUCGUUAAUAAGGUAGUUUUUGUGGAUUUAUUAUGGAUCUCCAUUUAGCUUUCAGCAAAAAACAAGAUACUGCAGUUGCAGUGGGCCAAGUAAUGAAAACACUGGAGAAUUUUAAAAACAUUGCCUGGUCUGAUGAAUCCCUGUUCCUGCUGUUUCAUGCUGAUGGGAGGACUGGGGGAGGAAACCACGAGGACAUACAUCCAGUGGUGGAAAAAGUACCUAACUGUCAGACUGAGUGAAAGUUAUGAAACCUUAAUAGAAAAUGACUCAAGUAAAAUGAGUCACCCAUUAAAAUACUACUUGAGUAAAAGUAUUUGGUUGUAAAUAUACUUAAGUAUCAAAAGUAAAAUUAUGAAUAAUUUCACAUUUCUGAAAUUAAGCAACCCAGAUGGCACAUUUGUAUUGUUUUUUAUAUUAUGGAUAGCCAGGGGCACACUCCAACACUCAGACAUCAUUUACUAACAAAGCAUUUGUGUUUAGUGAGUCUUCCAGAUCAGAGGUAGUGGGGAGGACCAGGGAUGUUAUCUUGAUAAGUGUGUG